ACCUAUUCGCGUUGGACAGUGGAAGAAGAUGAGCUAUUAAAGCAAGCAGUUCAGCUUCAUGGUCCACAUAAAUGGUCUUUGAUUGCUUCUCAUGUGCCUAAUCGAACACCUAUGCAAUGUUCUACACGAUGGCUUGGUGCUUUGAAUCCUAAUAUACACAAGGGACGUUGGACAGAAAAUGAAGAUGCCAUCUUGCGUUAUUCUGUGCUUGAAUAUGCCAAUGUGACUGAUAAUGAAGGUCGCUUACAGCCCAUUCCUUGGAAUAAGAUUGCUGAGCGUAUUCCUAAUCGUACAGGUAUCCAAUGUCAAGCCAGAUGGACCGAGGCAUUGGAUCCUUAUGUCCGUAAAGGCAAAUGGGGUGCUGAGGAAGAUACUUUACUUAGAAUGGGUGUGAAUGAUUUUGGUCGCUGUUGGAUUCGAAUAGCAGAAACAAUUCCAGGAAGAACACAACGGCAAUGUCGUACACGAUGGAUGCAAAUCAAA